GGCCCAGAUCUGCAAGAAGACAAGGAACGAGAAGGGAUUAAAAAUUAAAACUUUCACCAACUUACACUACCAACCAACAAGCAGAGAAUGAAGAAGAAAAGAGACCGAAAGAAGGAGAUGGAAGCAACGGCUUCGAAACUGGAACAGAGGAAAUCAGCAGGUGGAGAAGAUGAGAAUUAAAGAAAAAACGGGUUUGGGUUAUAAAUGAAGAGGUAUAUAUAGUGGUUUAGUAGUAAAUUUAUUAAGAUAUAAGGGUAAAAUAGGUAUAACAUGUCACUUUCAUUAAUUGGAAGCUGGAAGCUCCUGCAAAAGCUUCAAAUUCCUUACUUCUCAAUUUUCAAAAGGUGGAAGCUAACUUUUGCUUCCUGGGAGCUGAAGCUCAGUUCAAAAGUUAGGGUAUUUGGUGUAGCUGCACCUUUUGGACUUCAAAAGGCCUUCCGACCAGUUGCACCAAACACCCACUAAUUUGGCUACGUUGCUUCAUUUAGUUGUGGUAUUUUGUUUUUUCCUUUUUUUUUAUUUUUAAAUUCAAACAUAAAAAGGGAAAAAUUCAUGAAAUCAAUAGAGUAGUUCUCU